AUGAUUAUAUUAAAAUAUUUUAUAAAGAAAAACACUUACAGGACCUCAUACUACAAAUAUUACAAUUUUACUGAAGCACAAGAAAUAGACACAGAAUUAUUCUAUAAACAAAAUAAUAAACAUUUAACAAUAGAAAAUUUAGAAGAAUCUAAAAAAGUUCACCUAAUUACUGAAAAAAUAAUAACAUUUCAAGAAAAAUUAACACAAAUAAAUACGAAACCAAAACACUACUCAGAAACCGAACAAAUUAGAAGAAAAUUACAACAAUUAGAAGGAUUACUUUUAAAAGAACUAGAAUAUAUAUUUUACAAUAUAACACCACCAAAAUUAGCAAAAGAAAAAUUAUCUGGACCAAAUGAA